GAGCAAGGCACACUGGCUGGGCUCAAGGCCUGCUUGCGUUGCCAUUGUCACGCGAGCAUCAAGGCGCUUGAAAAAGCGUUGGAGUCAUCCCCCGAAGUUGCGGCACUACUUGCGGACUGGAUACACGCGUAUUCGAGCAAUGAUGGUGCGAAUCCUGGCGGAUUCGCACGCGCCGUCAGAAACAGCGAUAAGCUGCGUGAACAGUUCUCGGAGUUUCAGAAGCUCGACGAGGCCAGUGCUAGUCUGGGUGCCAUGUCUUAUGCACCGCAACGCUUUGGAACGCUUAUGCAAGUUGCCACCUGCAUAGUGAAGAAUAUUCGACCAAUCUUUGACAUGCUGGCCGAAUUGAAAGUCGGCAAGACCAAGCUGAGCGGUUGGGCCGGUAAGCUGCUCAAAAACUGUUUUCGCGCUGACCGCCUCAUUCUUUUUGCCUUGAUCAGCGAGUUCUCCGAAACUGCAACGAAAUAUUCGCGGGCCUUCGACAACGUCAAAGAACAGGGGCGGUGUGUCAGCAACAUCGCGCGCACGGCGCACUUGAUAGACAGCCUGGAGGCCCGAUUGCGGCAGCUAUUCUCAUUCAGAGACAAAGAAGGGGCUCUCCAGAAGCCUCUGGUCUUACAAGACGGGUACAACGGGCACUUGCAGAGGGUGAAGGAGACAUGGAAUUUUUUUCACUCGCGCAAGCUUCUGGUGCAAGGUGAAAUGUUUUUUUACAGUGCGGGUCUGGGCACCGAAGAAGUGGCAGUUUGGGUCGCCGGGCAACUGGGGGUACUGCAAAACAUUCUGAACCUGUACAUCCAGGGUGUGCGCGCAGAGUACGACGACCUCUUGGCGUCCGCGCUGUCUCCGUUCGACGUCCAUCACUGGCGCACGCGCUCCGAUGCAUCCUUGUUGGCGCCCGAGAUCAUGCAUGCAGUUGCAAGUAUAUUGCCGGAGAGCACAGGGUCCAAGUACGGGACUGUGGGGUUGCGACUCCAGGCGGCGGUCUUGAAAGAGCAGUACUUGGCCGCAAGGUCGGGUGUGUUGAAUUUGGACGACGUGUGGAGGGACGUCAUGGCGCAUUGGGGCGACAAGCUCCCGGAGUUGGGCCGUGCAGCAAGUUUUCUUCUCUGCACCUUCGGGGCGAGCACGAGCAGCAUCGAACAGCAGUUCAGUUUCCUCCAGCUUUUCACAGAGGGAAGGAAACACGGCACUUCCUUGCCGCACUUGAGGGCGCUGAUGAAGUCGAGGUUGGACGGUGGGGAGGUGGUCGUGGCUGAACACAGACAGAAUGGAGGCUACGUCUUGGUUCCUUCAGAAAUGGCACACCGCAUCCAGAGGCAAUACCGAGUAAUGUUCGGAGAAAAGGGGAACGUGCAGCGGACACAGCUGGAGCUGCCACGCAGAGCGGUGGCCAAAAAGAAAAAGCCGGAGAGCACGGAGCCUUCGACCUCUGUAGCUGCGAACGACCCUGAGACACUUGCAUUGGAGCAAGUUGCAGCCGCAGCAUCCACUGCGAGCCGGUCGGAGAGGCAGAAGACGUUGCAAGCAGAGUUGGAGCGCUACGCCGCACGGAAACGCAAGCUCCUGGCCGAGGACGCACUGCGGCCAGGAGAGGGACCGGCUGCGAAGAAGCUUCGUGAUCACACACGUCGUGCACGCCUGACAUCCGAGAGGCUUCAGCAGCACCAGGUGCAGAAGUUAGCCAGCAUCGUGGACAAGGAAGGGCCUCCCGCACAUGAGACUGUUGUGGUGCUUCGUAAGGCCAGCGAAGAUAUCCAGGUUACACUUGCGGCCCUGGGCGCUCGAUGCGUGCUGUGGGGCGAGUGCGUGUCCCCGGACUUGAUCGAGGCAGCCACGCAAGUCAUGCGCUCGAAGCACGUGAUCUGGCUGGCUUCCGACGCGGCAGAGGAAAUGGAGGCGGUGAAGGGCAGGUUGUGCACGUUCGCUGUGGGCAUGCGGCUCAUCGGCGGAGCUGUGGCGGGUCCGGAAUGGUGGAAGGCAUCCAAGGCACGGAAGCGUUUGUUACCGGCCUUCGUCGAACUCGCCGGCCAUUUGUGGACUGGCGCUCUCGAGGUCCAUGUUCACAAGUCUGUCGUUCACACGGCAGACGAAGCCAUGCUUGGUGGCACACUUUCGGCUUGUCUGAAGGGUGCAGCGGCUGUCGGACGGAUGACGCGCUGGGUGACACACAAGAAAUGGAAGAAUGUCCGGCAGAAGACGGCCUACAUCAUCAUGAGCGAAGCGCAAAUCAAAGAAGAGAAGAAGAGGAUACAUCGUCCACGCGGUGAGCUUGCAUCGGCAGCAAG